UGUAGAGGCCACGGCACUGAUUGCGCCCAGCCGUGCAGAGCGCGGCCCCUGCCCCCCCCUGCCCCCCACCCUGCACCACCAUGAGGCCGGUGUAGCAAACAUGCGGCGCGGCGUGCGCGCGGCGACACCCGCCUUGCUCUCUCCACUGCUGCAGCUGUCGCUCGCAGCAGCCGCGGUGGUGGUCGCGGUGGUCGCGGUGUCCGCGGUUGGGGCCUCGGAGCGAUGUCCUCGCGCUGCCGCGGAGGGUGGCUCCUCGCCGGCGGCGAAUCUAUCCGAGCGGCGGGCAGCGCGCGGGACGCCGCGGAGACGACGGUGUGACAGCCAGCAGAGCUGGUGGAACCCCUACUGGAUGCUUCCUGAAGACAUGAGUGGGGCUGAUUGUUUCUGGGAAUCGGCAAAAAGGUGUACGCGCGGAGGGAGCGUGGCCGAGGCGCUGCAGCUGGCGGUGGUGGCGUGCGGCGCUCGCCUCGAGGAGACCAUGGUCAUGCUCAAGUCCGCAGCGCUCUUCAGCCGUGCACGCCUGCACGCCCACAUCUUCGCAGAGGAUGAACUGCACGCCAGCUUUCGGGAGCAGCUGCUGGCGUGGCCGUUGCGGUAUCGGAGGAAGCUGUCAUUCUCGCUGUACCCAAUCACCUUCCCCGCCGACAACGCGGACGCCUGGAGGAAACUCUUUAAGCCCUGCGCCUCUCAACGCCUCUUCCUGCCUCUGCUGCUGCCCCACGUGGGCUGGCUGCUCUACGUGGACACGGACGUGCUCUUCCUGGCGCCUGUCGACGAGCUGUGGGCGCUGCGGCGCCGCUUCGGGGCCUGGCGCCUCGCGGGCCUCGCGCCCGAGCACGAGCUGCUGCAGAUCGGCUGGUACAACCGCUUCGGCCGCCACCCCUACCUGGGCCGCACGGGGGUCAACUCCGGGGUUAUGCUCAUGGAUCUGGCAGGCCUGCGCACCGCGCAGUUUAAGAAUGACAUGAGCGCCGUGCGGCUGGCCUGGGGCGAGAUGCUGCUGCCGCUCUACAACAAGUACCGGCUGAACAUCACGUGGGGUGACCAGGACCUGCUCAACAUCAUCUUCCACUACAACCCCGAGAUGGUGCACGUCUUCGAUUGCCGCUGGAACUUUCGUCCCGACCACUGCAUGUACGGCAGCAACUGCGGCGGCGCCGAGCGCGACGGCGUGGCCGUGCUGCACGGCAACCGCGGCGUGUACCACGACGGCAAGCAGCCGGCCUUCCGCGCCAUCUACCAGGCGCUGCUGCACUACCGACUUGGCAGCGGCGACCUCGAGUCCGGGCUGCUGGCGCCGGCGCGUGCCGCCAUGGGCGAGGCGGCGCACACGUACUGCGGCCGCGUGGCCCACGUGCUGCUGGGGCAGCUCGAGCGCAGCGCGGCAGCGGCGUCUGCGGAGCCGCAGUAGAGGACGGCGCGCGGACGUCGGUCACUACUCUCGCUCGCUCGCUCGCGUUCCGGGUUGUGCCUCGCGUUGUCCGAUGUUUCGCUCCACGAACUGGGAGCUUCUCUUCUGGAUGCUGGCUGCGAUUGAUGUGGGCCGGCCGACGUUACAAAUCACGAGCUUCGUCAGCCGGUGCACACGGGCUCACCACUUGCGCGCAAAGUGGUGAGCCCAUAGCACACCUGGGCGAGACUACUCUGUAACAGUCCACUGAACAGACAGGCUUACGUGCCCACUUACUGUACUGCUGUAUGUGUGUAUGUGCGUGUUUGUGCGUUUCUGUGCGAGUGUGGGUGUCAACAACAUGCAGCACAACCCAAAAAUCACAAUCGGGAGCUAUAAAGCACAACCGCGAAAACCGACGUAGUGGUACUCGAUCACUACACAGACGUCUCACGGGAACGCGCGUCCCAUUGGGCUGAAUGCGCCACCUCCACAGAGAGGACCGCUGCUGUUUUCUAGAAAUAUACCUCAGCUGUGCGUCACGUGCUGCCCGAUACACGUGGGAGGCUUGGUUCGAGUCAGAGCCACGAGACUUGAGGGGCACCGCUGUAGCGCCCCCUAGUGGCGAUAGAGCCACACGGAGCUGCUCGCCCCGCCCACGCGGUGCAUGCUGGGAGCCGCUCUGUGUCAGUCUGCAACCCAGCGCACGGAGGCGGGGGGGGGAGUGAAACCCACAGUGGAAGAGCUUGGAGUUCAGCAGCCACAAUGCUGUAUCUUCCAACUCAGUUUAUUUUCACGGGUAAAAAAUUAACCCGUAAAAACAAAGUUUUUCACUAUAAAUCCUUUAUAUGCGUGGCAUCGGUUUUAUUUUAUUAUUCAUUUCUGUUUUUCUUGAGUAAGAGUUUCAUUUUUAUCACAUUGGUAUUUUAAAUUAAAUAUGAAAUUUUGGAAAAAAAAAUUCACGAAAAUAAAUUGUCACGCACAACGAG